AUGAGAAUUCGAGUCCGUGGGCCUUCUGGCCAGUCAACGAUUAGUCUAGAUGACUCCGCGAGCAUCAAAGAUCUCCAAGACCAAAUUGCGGAGAAGACAGGCCUUGCGACCUUUGAUGUGAAAUACGGAUACCCUCUCAAGCCUCUCGAACUGAACAACUAUCCAUCAAACAGAAUAAUCGCAGACACUGGGAUAAACUUAAAUGGGGAGUCACUCAUCGUCGCACAGAAAGAGGGGGCCACCCGGCCUGGCAGUGACGGUAUGCCACAGCAUGCUACCACCCGCCCAGCGCCGUCACAACCAUCGAUGUCGCAAAAGCCAAAGGAGAACACCGCCGAUGAUCCGCCCGAAAUUGCUUCCCCGGAACACGCAGGAACAUUUGUUCUCCGCGUCAUGCCCGACGACAAUUCGUGUCUCUUCCGAGCGGUGGGCGCCGCAGUCAUGGGCGACAUGGACACGAUGGUUGAACUGCGCUCAAUCGUUGCAGGAGCCAUCCAGUCAAACCCGACAGAAUAUACAGCAGCAAUUUUAGGAAAGAAGCCAGACGAGUAUUGUGCCUGGAUCCAGAAUGAGGAUUCAUGGGGUGGCGCCAUCGAGCUUAAAAUCCUGAGCGAAUAUUUCAACAUCGAGAUUUGUUCCAUUGAUGUACAGACCUUGAAUACGUUCCAAUUCAACGAAGGUGCAGCCACACGGUGUAUUGUGGUGUAUUCCGGAAUUCAUUACGAUGUUCUUGCGUUGUCUCCCUCUGAUCCACCUUAUACCCAUGCCAACCCUUUAGCACAUGGCGAUACAAAGAUCUUCGAUGCUGUCGAUCCGGUUGCUUUGGCGAAAGCUAAAGAAUUGUGUAAAGUCUUACAAAGCAAGCACUAUUACACGGAUACUUCUGGGUUCACUGUCCGCUGCAACGUCUGUGGAGGCACGUUUACUGGGGAGAGAGGCGCCACCAAGCAUGCCGCGGAAACCGGUCAUUAUGAUUUUGGAGAGGCAAGCUAG